CGAUCUGUGAUCAAUAGGUGGAGGGACACUAACCACUGAACAAAGCGCUGUCUGUCUCUAGCUAUACGAAUCUGAGCAGAGCAGAACGAGGGGACAUGUGUCAGGGAGGGACACGGGAUCUAUUUACUCAGAUCCACACAGCGCUGAACGGGACAAAGCCGAGUGUGUACAUAAGGGUCUCACGUGGAACCCAAUAGCCCUUUUCAAACUGAUCAUAAUUAGAAGAAUGUAUGGAUCGGAGAUAGUCUUUUAAAUCAUAAUACGAAUGAUAUAUGUUUCGGAGGUGGUAGUCUUUUAAAAUUAUAUUGAGAAGAUCACAAUAAUAUGUAUACGAGGUGGCUCGCGCGCUUUUAGAUAUGUAUGUAACUUUAUGAAGUGCGUUGUAUGAGGACAGUGUUCUGGUGGAUUCUACUGAGAUGAACAUUUCUACAACUUGUUGGGAGGGACGUGCGUUCGAGAAGUAGGAAGUUUCCCGCCAGUUGAGACGAUGGCUGGCGUGGACCUGCGGGUUCCUCCGCGGAAGACGAGCAGAGUGGUCAAAUGUCGGACACAGCAGACACAAGAUGGUGGCGCGCUGUUCCUCACACAGCCAGAAGUGACACGGGAAGGCUCCAUCCUCAGACUGAGCACGCCCUCUCCGCCGCCUGAUGAAGAUGACCUGGAUCAGGACGUGGCUAGAUUCGACCCUCACCAGCCUAGACCUAGAGGGGAACACUAUAGGCGCGGACGGUAUGGCGGAGAUGGUGGAGAUGUUGUGUGAAAACUGUAGCAUUACGCACCUGAACCUGAAGCGAAACAAACUGUGCAGCCGGGGAGCGAGUCUGGUGAUGAGAGUGCUCAAGUCCAACAGACACAUCGUUUCUCUCAACCUGGCUG